AUGUUACAAAAGACGUUUGCCUUUAUAACGCUUUCCUUGUUGAUUUCAACCUGCUGUGGUCACAUUGGUAGCCAGAUAUCGCUUCAAGAUGUCAGAGAUAUGAAACCACAGAAGUAUUGUGGACCGACACUAGCGAAGACCCUGGCACUGUUAUGCUAUGAUGAAAGCGCUGGCGUCGGGAAGAGGGCUGAAUAUAAUUCUGUCUAUAACGCAAUCAUGCCUCCAUUUUAUAAAGAGCAAGAAAUCGCUUAUUGGCCAUGGUUAUCACCUGAGAAGGCCAGGAGCAUGGGAUUGCCGUCACGCGGGAAGCGCUACGUUGUUGACGAAUGUUGCUUCAAAGCUUGUAGUGUAGAUGAAUUACUCUCAUAUUGUUAA